AUAGCUCACACUUUCUCUGAGACUUAAUCAACGCCUACAGAAACCUUAUCUUCGCUAAAUACGAGCAUGUCUUCAUUGACUCCACUGCCUCCAGCACCGAAGAAGGCCAGGAGGAGGUCCUCCAAGACCAAAAGGCCUGGCCCAACCGUGUCUGACCUGAUCGUGAAGGCUGUGUCCGCAUCCAAAGAGCGAAGUGGUGUUUCACUUAUUGCCAUAAAGAAGGCAUUGUCAGCCGGUAGUUACGAUGUUGUGAAAAACAAGGUGCGUGUCAAUAUGGCCAUCAGGCGUUUGGUGACCAAAGGGGUUCUUAUACAGACCAAGGGCACAGGUGCAUCUGGUUCUUUCAAAACCAACAAGAAGCAAGUUGUUGCGAAGAAGAAGACGCCUGCCAAGAAGAAGAAACCAGCCACCAAAGCCAAGAAGCCGGCAACCAAAAAGCGCAAGAGACCUGCAUCAAAGAAAACAGCUGGACCAAAGAAAUCUCCUAAAAAGGCUAAAAAGAAACCAGCAGUGGCAAAGAAGGCCAAGUCUCCCAGCAAGGCCAAGAAACCGAGAGCAAAAAAACCGAGGACCCCCAAAGCAGCGAGGCCCAAGGUUGCAAAACGCAAAACUACCAGAGCUAAAGCUGUUGCGCAGUGAGUGAUUGCACUGGGACAGCGACGUUUCCCGACAUCAAUACCCAAAGGCUCUUCUAAGAGCCACCCAUAGUUUCUGUGAGUGCAAAAAUUCCCCGAAAGGUUGUUACUGCUCGUUGAUAUUCAAUGCUAUCAUCAAUGGACUGGAAUUGAAAUGCGAUAUGGAGCAGUUAAACUAUUUCCAUACGAAUAUUUGCUUCAAUAAACGCAUGUAGGUCUAUAAGUAUUUAUAAAACAAUGCAUUUGCAUAACA